CCCUCUAAAAAAGGCUUCAUCUGUCCUUCUCCUUCCUCAUUCCUCUGUUGUCAUCAACCUUCCCCCAAACUCAGCAAUGGCGUCUUCUUCUUCUUCUUCUUCUUUCUCUGAUCAUCGACUUUUCUUCUCCUUCUUAGCCUUCACCCUCUCUGCAUUCAUCUUCUUCCUCGCUCAUAAACGCACCUCUAAGCCACGUCUCAACCUCCCCCCAGGACCCCGUGGCUGGCCCAUCGUCGGAAACCUCUUCCAGGUCGCUCGCACCGGAAAGCAUUUCUUCGAAUACAUUGAAGACAUACGCCACAAUUACGGCCCAAUCUUGACUCUUCAGAUGGGCGCUCGCACCAUGAUCAUCUUGUCCGGACCCGACCUCAUCCACGAAGCCUUAAUCAAACGCGGCCCAGCUUUCGCCAGCCGUCCGCCCGAAAAUCCAACUCGAAUCGUCUUCAGCAACAACAAAUUCUCCGUUAACGCCGCCCUCUACGGCGGUGUCUGGCGCUCACUCCGUCGUAAUAUGGUUGAGAAUAUGCUCUCUUCCACUCGCUUGAAGGAGUUUCGCGAUGUUAGAAAGAAGGCCAUGGAUAAGCUCGUUCAACGCAUUCGAACCGACGCUGAGGCGAACGGCGGCGCCGUUUGGGUGUUGAAAAACGCUCGAUUCGCUGUGUUCUGUAUUCUCUUAGCAAUGUGUUUCGGAUUAGAAAUGGAUGAGGAAUCGGUUGAGCAAAUGGAUCAAGUUCUUAAAACUGUUCUGAUCACCGUCGAUCCCAGAAUCGACGAUUUUCUCCCGAUUUUGAGGCCGUUCUUUGCUAAACAGAGGAAACGCGCGAUGGAAGUAAGAAGAGAGCAAAUCGAAUUCGUUGUCCAGUUCAUCAAUCGAAGAAAAAAAGCACUUCAAAAUCCAGGUUCAGACAAUAAAGCAACUUCAUUUUCGUACCUCGAUACACUCUUCGAUCUCAAAGUGGACGGCCGGAAAUCUACCCCAACCGACGCCGAACUAGUCACUCUCUGUUCCGAAUUCCUCAACGGAGGCGUGGACACGACGGCAACCGCCAUCGAAUGGGGAAUCGCAGAGCUAAUCACAAACCCUAACGUUCAGAAAAAGCUUUACGAAGAAAUCAAGCAAUUAGUAGGCGACAGAAAAGUAGAUGAAUCUGAUGUUCAGAAAUUGCCUUAUCUUCAAGCGGUUGUGAAGGAAUUGCUGAGAAAGCAUCCUCCGACGUACUUCUCGCUGACACACUCAGGGAUCGAGGCGUCUAAACUGGGGGGAUACGAUAUUCCGAUGGAGGCGAGUGUGGAGGUUUAUUUAGCCGGAAUGAGUAACGAUCCGAAAGUGUGGAAGAAUCCGGAGAAAUUUGAACCGGAGAGAUUCAUGUCGGGGGAGGAAGAGGUGGAUAUGACAGGGAUUAAAGGAAUGAAAAUGAUUCCGUUCGGAGUUGGAAGGAGAAUUUGCCCGGGUUUGGGAAUGGCGACGAUUCAUGUUCAUCUGAUGAUGGCGAAGUUGGUUCAGGAAUUUGAAUGGAGUUCGUAUCCGCCGAAUAGUGAAUUGGAUUUUACGAAGAAGUAUGAAUUUACUGUUGUGAUGAAGAAUUCUCUUAGAGCCAUUGCCACAACCAGAGCUUGAAGAACAACACUAUGAAGAUGAUCCAUGAAAGUUUAAUGUUCUUAAUGGUUAGGUUUCUUUGUACUAAAAACUUAUUAAAAUCAACAUAUUUCCCCCUUUUUUCUCUUUU